AUGGAAGGCUGGAGUAGAUGUGGGACCUCAUGUCUGCGCUCUAGACACCUCAGGUCUCAGAACGCCCUGUCUCAGCCCCGCUACCCUCCUUGGUACCUGACAGAGAAACAGCUGGAACAGACCCUGUCUCAGCGCUGCUACCCUCCUUGGUACCUGACAGAGAAACAGCUGGACCAGACCCUGUCUCAGCCCCGCUACCCUCCUUGGUACCUGACAGAGAAACAGCUGGACCAGACCCUGUCUCAGCCCCGCUACCCUCCUUGGUACCUGACAGAGAAACAGCUGGACCAGACCCUGUCUCAGCGCUGCUACCCUCCUUGGUACCUGACAGAGAAACAGCUGGACCAGACCCUGUCUCAGCCCCGCUACCCUCCUUGGUACCUGACAGAGAAACAGCUGGACCAGACCCUGUCUCAGCGCUGCUACCCUCCUUGGUAUCUGACAGAGAAACAGCUGGACCAGACCCUGUCUCAGCCCCGCUACCCUCCUUGGUACCUGACAGAGAAACAGCUGGACCAGACCCUGUCUCAGCGCUGCUACCCUCCUUGGUACCUGACAGAGAAACAGCUGGACCAGACCCUGUCUCAGCCCCGCUACCCUCCUUGGUACCUGACAGAGAAACAGCUGGACCAGACCCUGUCUCAGCCCCGCUACCCUCCUUGGUACCUGACAGAGAAACAGCUGGACCAGACCCUGUCUCAGCCCUGCUACCCUCCUUGGUACCUGACAGAGAAACAGCUGGACUAGAGCCUAUAGCAGACAGCUUCAGGACCCGCCUCAAGGACCGGGUCAGGAUGGAGCCGGCGGUGGAGUCCCAGCAGGACCAGGGGACAGGGGGGAAUCUGGGGACAGGGUGCAGGCACAGAGAGAU